GCGAACAUGGCGGCGGCCAGUAACGCAGAUCCAUCACCGGAACUAUCGAGGCCGUUAAAGAUACCGAAGACCGAGGUGCCAUCCCCAGAGUCGGAGGAUUUGAGCGACAGCAACCAAUACCUCUCCGGUCCCUCCACACCCAACCGCUUCUCGCCUUUGAACGUGGGCUCCGGCGUCGCCGCUCGGACGGCGCCGUCAUCCUCCAACAACUACACGGCUUGUCGCGGCAUGUCGUGGACCCCUUCCGAAACAAACGCCCUCAUCGCAGUUUGGGGCAACGAGAGACUGACAGAGGCCAAGAUGCAGCAGUUGGAAGUCGCGGGGACCAUGUUCACUGGGAAGGCCCCAGGCCCCGCCAUGUACGAGCGAGUGUCCAGAGCCUUGUCGGACUUGGGCUACGAGAGGACCCCGUCUCAGUGCCGGGAGAGGAUGAAGACACUUCGGCGGUGCUACAGUCGUGUGAAGGAGCAUGGCAUCGGCAAGAGGAAGAGCAGCUACACUAUAGAGCAACUGGAGAAGGUGUUUGGUCAGGGAGGCUGGGACUCCCAGACCUGUGCUCCGGUGCUGAUCAACAGCAGUGGACUUUACCAGGAGAUGGAGUCUGAUGGCAGCACCUUGGAAGACUUCUCCCAGGAGGACUGGUGCAACCAGGUGCUUGAUUCAGCUUUCCAGGAGGGAGACACGGACACUGGUAGGUAUUUGGCCAGGUACGGACAUAAAAAUAGCAUAAUAGUGAAUUUCAACUUAUGUGCUUUUUGUUUUUUUUCCGCAGAAGAACUACAGAUGCCGAAAAGCAGAGUGCUUCAGAUUCAAGCAGAGCUCUCAGAGCAAAUCCAAAAAAAGGACAUGAUGCAGACGCUGAUACGUAUCCUAGAGUCGGUGCAGCUCAAAUGGGAGCACUUUCAGACUUGGACCGAGUUUUCACGCCUGCACCUCUCGAACAAGCUGGCCAUCUUCGGCAUUGGCUACAACAGUCGUUGGCGGGAAGAUGUGCGUUACCAUUAUGCCGAGAUAAGUUCACAGGUACCACUGGGAAAGAGGCUUCGUGAAUACUUCAAUCCAGAGAAGCCUGAGGGCAAAAUUGUUAUGACCAAAGUUCAAAAGAUGAACUGGAAGAAUGUCUACUACAAGUUCCUGGACAUUACCAUCAGUGAAGCACGCUGUCUGGAGCUGCACAUGGAGGUGGACUGGGUCCCGGUAUCAUUAUCAAGGGAAGCAGGGUGUAGCGUGUCCACAUCCCACUACCUUCUUCCUGGGCAUAUCCCCAAGACAUACGGACUCUACGCCAUUGGUUAUGAGGUGGCGUCAUCAGGUCGGACCUCUCCCCAAAGUGAUAUUCAAAACUGUAGCUUACCUCAAUGUGAGUCAGCAAAUUGGGCACAAAGUCAGACUGAUGGAGAAGGAGCAGGGAAUAGUGACAGCACUGGGACGAAUGUCACUUACUGCUACCUUGGCAUUGCUGAAGAUAGGACCAUUCAACAGUGUCUCUUACAGAAUUUCCAGAGUUCCGCAAAACACUACUUCCAAAGUGAGCCCUCCUUGGUGACUCAUUUUCUGCAAGACAACUGCCGCAGCAGUGUCUUAAAUGAUCCUGCGGCAGGCAGAGGCUUAGCUAGGUUUUUACCCAUUUACAUAAAAUUCAUAGAGGUGGAUCUAGACUUCCUGUCUGCAGGUUCCUUAGUGGAGUGCCUGGAAACUGCUAUUGGUUAUUCUUUGAAGUACAACAGCAAUGGACCAUUUUAAUUGCCACCUUUUGGACCUGUAUUUAGAAAUCAGUGCGUGAUUGGGGCUGAAAAAGAAAAGAAAUAAUCGACAAUACUGUAUAUUUAAAUGAUUUGUCUGUGAAAAUUUAAACAGUUAAAAAGCUGGAACUCUUAUUUAUUUCCAUUUUUUUCAAAUUUACAUAAAGAGUGUGCUGCUUUUUGUUUUCAAAAUGAAUGUGGGGGGUUUAGUAAGGUGGCUACUGAAGUAUGAAUUGGUCUACCUCAGUAGGAUUACUAGUGAGGUAACACGGCACCAUAACAGAUAUCGGAUGUAUUCUUAAAACUACCUUGAUAAAGAUAAAGGAACUGUGGACCUUAAUUCAAACCAUAUAGGAUAAGAGUCCUUGGAACGACAAGUUGGAUGCAGGUAGGAAUCUUGCACAUGCAGGCAGGAAUCCUUUCGCGCUUACGGGGAUUAAUUCAUAGUAUCUGUAUGAAGCAUUGGAGAGCUGUUUGUUUAGCCUUUUGACAGCCUUAUAAUUAGAUACAGUAUAUAUAUAUAUAUAUAUAUAUAUAUAUAUACAGAAUUUUCAGAGUUCCGCAAAACACUACUUCCAAAGUGAGCCCUCCUUGGUGACUCAUUUUCUGCAAGACAACUGCCGCAGCAGUGUCUUAAAUGAUGAAAUGAUAUAAAUAUAUCAUAUCUAUAACCAACCAUCCAUUCGUACUCCCAUUCACAUCUAGGGGUAAUUUAGAGACUUUAAUUAACCUACCAAUCAUGUUUUUGGGAUGUGGGAUUCCUCCCACCG